AUGGGCCUUCACCAGGGUUCAGCGCUUAACCCAUACCUUUUUACCUUGAUCUUAGACGAGUUGUCUAGUGGCCUACAGGAGGAACUACCGUGGUGCAUGAUUUUUGCCGAUGACAUUGCACUGAUUGCAAGAUCAACGGAGGAGCUAAACCGUAGGCUAGAGAAAUGGAGAGAAGCCCUUGAAGAUAAUGGUCUGUGUGUGAGCCAAGAUAAGAUUGAAUACCUACGAUGUGACUUCGAUAAACAGGAAAUAAGACAAAAUGGGGAUGAGGAUAUUCGCAUUGGGGAGCGGGUAUUAGGUCCGAAGGUGUCUUUUAGAUACCUGGGAUCUGUGAUACACAAAUCGGGAGGGAUAGACGAAGACGUGACACAUCGAAUCCAAGCUGGAUGGAUGAGGUGGAGAGCAGCUUCUGGAGUCAUGUGCGACAAGCGGAUGCCGCUAAAACUGAAAGGCAAGUUUUACAGAGUGGCUAUUAGACCGACUAUGUUAUACGGGUCAGAAUGUUGGCCGAUGACGAAAGCCCAAGCGUCUCGAGUAGAGGUGGCAGAGAUAAGGAUGCUAAGGUGGUCUUGCGGGAAGACCCUAUCUGACAGGAUCCCCACGGGAGUUUUUAGAGAGCCGAACUUGAAAUGGCAUGCUGUAGCUUCAUGGACAUGGGAUGCUCACGAUGAUGCAUGUGGGAUAUGUAGGAUGGCAUUUGAUGGUUGUUGUCCUGACUGUAAACUCCCUGGUGAUGAUUGCCCCUUGAUAUGGGGUGCUUGUAACCAUGCUUUCCAUCUUCACUGCAUUCUCAAAUGGGUGAAUUCUCAGACCCCCCAAGCUCACUGUCCUUAUUGUCGCGCAGAAUGGCAGUUUAAAGAAUGAAGUUCUGAAGUUGUAUCAGUUGCGAUUGUUAAUGAUGUGUUUUUUGCUCUAUGGCAAUGGCAGGUAAUGAAGAGCAGUCUGUCAUUUUCACAAGCUACAAUGUUGUAAACUACUUUUGGUUAUGAAAUACCGUUCAUCUUUAUUUUCAGUUCCAGGUUUUGUACCUCUUUAGUAAAAUAUGGGGGGAAAUGUUAAAACGUUUAGAUAUUACCUGAACCUGAAAUUAAAUGUGAGAGUAUAUUACUCAUGAGUCUUUUUAUGUAUUGCUUGUUGUCA